CGCCUUGGUAAUUGCCAUACUAUAAGAAGCUGCCCAGCCACAAUCACACCAUCAGUUUUGGUUUGGCUUUUCUACGAGUAUCAAAAAUGAGUCGUUUAACUUGUUCGAUCGUCCUUUUAGUCCUAGCACUUGGAAGCGCCCAUGGAGGAAUCCUCGAGGACCAUGGUGGCAACGACUUGUCUGGACACGAAGGAGGAGGUGAUGGCGGGUACGGUGGAGGAAUUGCCGAAUAUCAAAGCUCAGGGGGAGAUUACGGCGGCGGUUAUGAAUCAGGCGGCGGAGAUGAUGGUGGUAAUGGAGGAUGGCAACCACUAGGAAUCCACGGCCAAGAUGGUUCCCAUGAAGGUUUCGAUCAACAACCCCAAGUGCAGGUGGAACAUCAACACAUUCCCACUAGGGAAAUUGUAAAAGAAGAACUCUAUCCUGUGCCUGUGUUGAAGAAAAUCAGCUACCCUGUGCCACAUCCAGUGGGAGUACCCGAACCACAAGUAAUAAAAAUUGGAGUUCCUCAGCCGUAUGGCGUGCAGGUUCCAGUGCCGCAACCGAUUGCCGUACCCAUCUACAAACUGGUGCCCCAAGAAAUCGAAAAGCGAGUUCCCAUCACCGUUGAAAAGCUUGUGCCCGUCUAUGUUCCCAAACCAGUCAAAAUUGAGAUCGAAAAGCAUCACGUUGAAUACAUUAAGAAACCCUAUCCAGUUCAUGUGCCAGUCUACAAGCACGUUUUCCAACAUGGAGGUGGCGGACAUGGAGGACACGGAGGUCAUUAAAUACUUUCCAUCUCAGACUGAUAGCGCUAAAAUCGAACGAAACUGUCUUCAAUUCCGUGUCAUAUGUUAUUGCAAUGGUUGUUCUACGUGAUGUUUUCAUUUGUUUAUUUAAUAUUAGUUAUCCACCUCAUUUACCUUUCCUUUCAUUCCUCAUCUUUUGAAUGGUGUAUCAAUCUUGUGUCUAUGUGAUGCGUGCGUGUAUAUAAUAUGUUGUUAUUAGUUUUUUAAGUGUUUGUAAUUGCGUCGUUUUUUUAAUAAAAUUGUUUGCGAAAAUU